UUCAUCUUGAUUGUCAUCGCCGGUAUUGGUGUUGGACUAUACUUUCUCACCCGAGAUACUCCUGAAAACCUCAUUUCUCUGGCAGGCUUGAUUUUCUUCUUACUCUUCACUUACGUUUUUUCCUUUUCACCAGCAAAGGUCAGGUGGAGGCCAGUGGUUUGGGGACUUGCCCUCCAGUUUUUACUUGGCUUAUUCAUCUUACGUACAUAUCCAGGGUACGUUCUCUUCGAGUGGCUAAGUGAUGUCGUCUACCAAUUCCUCAACUUCUCCUCUGCCGGCGCCAUCUUCUUAUUCGGCGAAGGUUAUCAGGAACAUUAUUUCGCAUUUGCAGUACUUCCAAUCAUCAUUUACUUCAGUAGUGUAAUCUCAGUUCUGUAUUACUGGGGAGUCAUGCAGACUCUUAUCCAGAAGGUCGCUUGGUUGAUGCAACGUACCAUGAAGACAUCGGCUUCAGAAUCACUCAAUGCGGCAGGCAACAUCUUCGUUGGCAUGACGGAAGCUCCCCUGAUGAUCAAACCAUACUUGAAGGAUAUGACACGAUCGGAGAUUCACGCCAUUAUGACAGGUGGCUUUGCAACCGUAGCUGGCAGCACACUCGGUGCCUACAUUUUAUACGGCAUCGAUGCGACCCAUCUCAUCACGGCCUCGGUAAUGUCCGCCCCCGCAGCCCUGGCGAUAUCGAAGCUCUUUUACCCCGAGACCGAGAAAUCGAAACAUAUCACGGAGAAGGAUAUGGUGUUGCCAAAAGGAGAUGAACUGAACGUCAUAGAAGCAGCGGCGAAUGGAGCGUCGCAAGCCAUCCCACUGGUCCUGAACGUCGCCGCAAACCUCAUAGCUUUCCUCUCUCUGUUAGCCCUGGUGAACGCAUUGCUUGGGUACUUUGGAGGACUUGUUGGCUACCCGCAAUUAACCUUUGAGUUCAUAUGUUCGUAUGUAUUCGUACCUGUUGCGUUCAUCAUGGGCGUGGAAUGGGCGGACUGCAGGAUUGUCGCCGAACUUAUUGGACUGAAGACCUUCGUCAAUGAAUUCUAUGCAUACGAGGUCCUUGGCAAGUACAUCGACAACAGGACAACUGGGGCAGGGCCUACACUUUCGGUUCGGUCUGAGGUGAUAGCGACCUACGCACUCUGUGGUUUCGCCAACAUAGGUUCUGUCGGGAUUGUACUUGGUGCUCUAGGUCCUAUGGCGCCCUCACGGAAGGGUGACCUAGCAGCAGUGGCCAUCAGAGCUCUGGUAGCGGGAACGGUCGCUUGCUUCAUGACGGCGUGUAUUGCAGGAAUCCUUUAUGUACCCCCGGAGGGCAACGAAUUCACCAACGCAACGACAACAGCCAUACCACCGAUUAGUACUGUAUACUAAAACCGAUGUAAAUCUAAGUAAAUCUAAAUAAAUAAUUAUCUUAAAAUAAAAAGGUCAAAAUGUAUUCUGCAACGUUUAAGGAGGAAAUGUCAGUUGUUCAAACGAACUACUGUUUAUAAAAAUCUAUUUAAAUCAAUCAACCAAAAACGCUCGUUAAAGGAAAAGGUCAAACUGCGAUUUCAGACAUUGAAAAGGAAAAUGUAGAUAGUUGAAUAAAAAAAAGAAGAAAUAACAUCGCAAAAGAUGAUGUGACGUCAUAUUCUCACGAGUCUACAGUCUUACAAUAUUCAUUAUCUAUCAUGAAUGAAAUAUAUAUAUGUUUCAUUACACACACACUCUUACAUGCAUAUAUAUACAUGUAUAUAUAAUGAAACAUAGGCCUAUAAUAUUUCAUCCAUGUUUCGUGAAAUAAAGCUAAACAAAUUUCCUUUCAUUUCCAUCCAAUUUCGAUUACAUCUGAUCAUACUUGCCUAUUUGCAGAUAUUAUUUUGACCCAUGUAUUGGACAUGUUUCAUUCAGUGUAUUUGGACGGUCUGAGGAGGCUUGAUAAUUUUUUAUGAAAAUGAGACCAAUUUGGUAUCGAACCUAUGACCUACUCAAAAACAGUAUUUGUGUUGACAGGGGAACCUAGUGAAACUAGUGAAUAACUGUACAUAAGAAAUUUAAGAAAUAUGCAGAGUACUUCAGAUUUUUAUGUAACAGAACGAUGGAAUUAUAUUGUGUAUAUAAAUAUUUUAAGGUUUUAGAAGUACGUGUACAUACUUGUAUCUUUUGGAUUUGAAUCCAUUGAGAGAAAAUAGGAUCAGAAAAAAUUACAAUUGAUGACAAAAUUAAUAUCUUCUUGCAGCGCCCCAUUAAACAUGUUAAAAAGGCAUUUACAUGCACCUACAUCAUUUUCGAAGAGGUUGGAAUUUGAAUUCUUCCACUAAGUACUGCACAAUUGUAAACAAAACUCGCGAUCAUCCUGUUCAUCUAUUUCAAGUAUUAUGGUAUGGCCAUCACCACACUGCCUUAUAUAUUAUUAGACAAUGUUAGACUUUGUGGAAAUUUCUGUUCAUUUCGUUUCUUUUUGCCAUUGCUGAAAAAAAAACACCCGAAUAUCAUUUUCUGCUGGUUAUCGGUAAUAUUCAUUGUGUAUUUUUCUCGUUAAAGGCACAAACGAUGUAAUCCGCAUACUUCAUUUUAUUAUUUUGAGCCAGUCGUUUUUUCCAAUAAACUGAAAUGGGGAACUUUUCUUCACCUUUAACAAGGCAAAUUCGCUUUGUUCAACGGCUGUAUCUAUUUUAAGAUUUACUUGUCCUGCUUUAGUUUUUACAACUUUUAAAAUUUAAUGAGCGAUGACAGCGAUGUGGUCACGUUUCUUAGAUUUACACAUUGUAUUCGAGUAGGUUGCUAAAAAUGUGCAUUUGAAUCUAUUUCCUAUCUCAAUUCACACUUCGAAUAUUGUCAUACUGUAUCAAAUGGGGCGCCGUGGUCUAGUGUUUACGAUUCUCGUCUUUCAAUCUGAAGGACGUGGGUUCGAAUCUCAGCCAUUGCGUGUUUUCCUUUAGCAAGAAAUUUAUCCACAUUGUGCUGCACUCAACCCAGGUGAGGUGAAUGUGACCCGGCAGGAUUAAUUCCUUGCAUGCACUGAGCGCUGAAAGGCAGCUCGAGCUAAAGCCUGGAUAAUAAUGAUAAUAAUCAUGCGCCUCGGAAUAGAUUAUUUCUAGAUAGAUGGCGCUAUACAAAUGCCUAUUAGUAUUAUUAUUAUUUAGCCCUGUGUCAAUGUUUUCCGGAGAAAGGUUAGCAUACAUGUGUUUUCAUUUCGAAUUAUGUCUUUCGUUUUAAUUUGAAAGUGAUGGUAAAUCGCUCUCUUUGCUGCAAUAAAUGUAAAUAACGUCUGUACAUUGCACGAAGUACUCAUCUCGACGAAUCAGGUCAAUUUAUUACAAUGAAAUAAAUGUACUAAUUUUAUUUGUGAAUAAAAUAUGAUUACAGAUCUUUAUCAA